GAGAAGGCGGAGAGUAGCUGAAGAGGGACACCACGGCACCGCGGGCUCACCGGUGAAGCUAAGGCUACAGCGCUUCUUUUGCACAGGACGGUAACGUCAAGAACACAGGACCCUCCUGGGGAGCCCCUGCGAGCUGAAGAAGAAGAGGAGGUGGAAGGAAGGGGAGGGGGCAGUUACUCUCAAACUACCGACAGGAUUUAACAGACAGCCGCCGUCACAGCAAGCUUUCACCCAGAAGUUGACCUACGGAGGACAUCAUGCUGAUGAGCUGAGGGAGCCUUCAUCCUCAAGCUGUCACUCGUCUCUGUUUGUUAUUCCGCACCUGGUCCACUCUCCAUCAGUCACCGAGCGCCAACAGCAACCACCACCACCUCCACCUUUUCCCCGCCCCCCUCCGGCCCAGCCUGCCGUCGCCAUGACGUCGGAGCUGGAGAGUAGCCUGACCUCCAUGGAUUGGCUUCCUCAGCUGACCAUGCAGGCGGCCAUUCGCAAGGCGGACGCCCAGAAUGCCCACGGGCCAGGCAUGGGCAAGAAGAGCGCCAUGCUGGAUCCUAACACCACGCUGGACCAGGAGGAGGUGCAGCAACACAAGGACGGCAAGCCGCCCUACAGCUACGCCAGCCUCAUCACGUUCGCCAUCAACAGCUCGCCAAAGAAGAAGAUGACACUGAGCGAGAUCUACCAGUGGAUCUGUGAUAACUUUCCCUACUACAGGGAGGCGGGCAGCGGCUGGAAGAACUCAAUACGGCACAAUCUGUCAUUGAACAAGUGUUUUCUCAAAGUGCCUCGCUCCAAAGAUGAUCCCGGAAAGGGCUCUUACUGGGCCAUUGACACCAACCCGAAGGAGGACGCCUUGCCCACACGGCCAAAGAAGAGGCCGCGGUCUGGAGAGCGGGUGGCGUUGUACAACACAGACCAGGAAGGGAGCGAUAGUCCAAGAAGCAGCCUUAACAACAGCCUGUCGGAUCAGAGUCUGGCCUCCGUCAAUCUCAACAGUGUGGGCAGCGUGCACAGCUAUACACCGGUGACCACUCACCCAGAGCCCGUGUCCCAGGCCAUGAGCCUGCAGCAGCCCCCCCAGUCCCAGUACAACAUGCCAGACAGGGACAAGCAGCUCCUGUUCUCCGAAUUUGAAGAUCUCAGUGCCUCUUUCCGCAGCCUUUACAAGUCUGUUUUUGAGCAGUCCUUCAGCCAACAAGGUCUGAUGGGCAUACAGUCAGAUUCCUCCCAGCAGACCCACACCUCCUGCUCCUAUCAGCACUCCCCCGGCGGCAACAUUAGCACUCAGAACAGCCUCUCAAACAACCAACCCAACAACAGCCACUCCGCCAACAGUGGCCAGGUGCCCCUGUCCCACCCUGCCCAGGCCCACCCUGGCCACGGCUCGCCCCACGCACAGCACCUCCCGCAGCACGGCGGCCCCCACACCACACAGCCAACACGCCCAGCACAGCCAACACAGUCAGCUCCCCCAGCCCCCCAGCACGCUGCGCACUCCCAGCACGGGCAGCACCCAUCGCAGCACCCGUCCCACGGCCAGCACCCACAGCAACACACGCCACACCCCUCCCAACACACGCAGCACAGCCAGCACCCACCGCAACACGGGCACCCGAGCCUCUCCCUCCAGCCCCAUCCUACCCAGCAACAGAUGGCCUGCAACCCAGGUUUACUGUCUGACUGGUACCCAAAUCUGGAUGCACUGAAAGAAAGCUGUCGUAUUGCUAGCAGCUAUAACUGGGCUGAUGUCGACCUUUCACCUUUCCAAGGGUUGAGAGACAGUAUGAGACAAGCGGAGUUGAACAAUUGGUCCCUGGAGCCCACCCAGAUCGCCGACCUCUGCUCGUCCAUCAACCAGUUCUUUGCCCGCACCGGUGUAAUCCAGCCACAGGGGGCAGUGCAGCCUCCUGUCUGUCACGGCUCCAUGCACCCCAACAAACCCAGCCAGCACCUCAACACAGGAAAUAUCUACAUGGACACCAGACAGAGCAUGUCCAUGAUGGGUCCUCCAGGAUAUCCCCACAUGACCCCUAUGAGCGGCACAGGACCCGCAAUGACAGGACACCAUGCACAGAUGAACCAGCAGCACAUGAUACCUACCAGAAACUUCCAGAUGCAUCGCAUGCCAGCUGAUGACAUCCAGGACGACUUUGAUUGGGACUCCAUCGUUUAGCCCCCUAAUAUCUCCUUUCUGCAAAACAAAAGGGAGCGAGGAGAGGAGUUGGAGGCCAGAGGAAGCCAGGCUGAGCUGAGAGGCCGCAGGAGGAGGAGGCCGCUGUGGGUGGGAGGCAGAAGAACGUUUGACAAGCUUAAGAGACAGACAGACAGACUUCACAGCCCUGACAUUUCUACAAAAAGCAACACAUACCUAGAAAAAGUUACUUUGAAGACAAUCAUAUUCAGUUGGACAUGUUAAAGUGAUUGCUUAUGUACUUGUCUAGAGACGAGUAGAACACAUUGACGUCUAAACCACUCGCUCCUCAGCUCCUCAGCCGGCCCUCCCCCCGUCCCUCGCCAGCAGCCUUCCAAAGUCCGAACCCCUCUCCCGCCCAACCCCCUGCUCCGUAACUGUUAUGUGAUUUGAGCGACGUGUUCAGCUUGUAAUUCUUCUCGUGUUGACAUUGGCCUCCGCUGCCUCUUGGAUGAGUUUAUCUCUCUUUUAUUUUUUAAAAACAAUUUAGUUUUGUUUCUUUUGUUUUUAAGAAACACAGGCCGUCUCUGUGAGUAAUGUGAUGGUCACUUUUGGGAGAAAGUAGGCCCCACUGUGGCUGAGUUGGUGGGAAAGUGAGGUUUACAAUAACUUUGAACAGGGUGUUAAAUGUUUAAGCAGGCUUGAUAUUAUACAAACGGAGAGAGGAGGUGAGAGGGAGAUCACAGAAAGUAUGGUGAUCUGUUUUCAAAGCCAACCAUCGUGAUCAGGCUCACUGCAACAGACCAGUGAUGGGAGUACAACAGCUUUUUCUUUUUUGAACUUGUUCUCUGUCUCAAGCACUUCAAGACGCGUGAGAAUGAUGAGUGAGAAGGUGAAGCAGGGAAGUCAAAUAUCUCUAGUUUUUUUUAAUUCACUCCGCCCAAAGUAACAUGUCGGGUCUCUGUGUGCAUCGUGUCGGGAAAUAAUCAGAAACUGUUUUAACGUGAAACAAAUUCACGUUUUUAUGGUAAAGUUGACUUUAAGGUGACUAUUCUAUUGAUCAUUACACAAGCCACCAUCGUUCAGAGACAAUGAAAGUAGAUUUGGACGUAUUGGUAAUGCUAACAUCAUCCGCUUAUCACAAAUACAUCGAUAUUAGCAUUUAUGUCUGCUAAUAGUUAGCACCGCUCAGCAUGUAUCAUGGCAACAGUUUCAGAGACACUUUAAUGUUAAAAAACUAACAAUGGCCAAUAUAUCAUUAUGUUAUUAUGUAUCAUAGUAAACAUAUAGUAAUUUGGGGAGUAAUAUGACAAGAUUGUUUGGUAGAUACACUUCUCAGGAUGAAACGGCUGAACUGGCUCUGACUGAAGCUAACAAAGCAAACACAUUAUAUCUCCAAAAACUGAACGGUUUGACGUUUACAGGGGGGAAAUGUGCUGGACUAUAUUUCAGAUGGUUGCUAUGACUCCCUGGAGAUAUAAUGUGGUCAUCUCUUAACUUUAAAGGUUCUGGUUGGCUGAUUCUGCGUUAGCGCUAGACAGAGCCAUGCUAGCUGCUUCUCUGUGUCCUGUUCAUCCAGAAGUGAGAUUGGUUUAGAGCUAAUCUUCUAACUCUACUCAAGAAAGCGUAUAAACAUAAUUUCUAUAAUGCCAAACUAUUCGUUUAAACAAUUGUGUAAAAUUGUAUACGAACCAUGUUAUAAUUGUUUUAACUAGUGAGAGAAACAAGGACAAGUAAUGAGCCUGAAUGCAAUUUUUAGAGUUCUGGUUUCCAGCCUUGCCGAUUUGAAACAUUGCUAGUGGACAAAUAAAAUGUGUUUGUAUAAAGACUAACGAAGGGUGGUGAAGCUUCUUAAACGUGCCAUUACUGGAUUGAUUAAUGAUCAAUAGGAUAUGCAUCAAAUGGUGUUUCCAAUUGAAAAAGGGAAAACAAAAAAAACAUUAUUUACCAAACUCUCCUUUUUUAAUAAAUGAAAUCCAAAUCCACCUAUCGCACAUCAAAGCGAUAUUUCGAUGCUACACAUGUUCUUUGUCACUCCUGACAUUCAAAUGACAGAGAUACGAAUCUUUCAACUGCCCUGUGUUUUGUUGUGAUGGUUCGAUAGCGUCAGAAUUUGCUAUUAUACAAUCAUAACAGGAUGAGAAAUGUGACUCAUACAAUGUGUGUGUGUGUGUGUGUGUGUGUGUGUGUGCGUGUGCGUUGGUUGAACAUAUGGUGUGUGUGGGUGUUUUGGUUUUAUUGUCAUUUUAGGGCUACGAUUGAUUGCUGCAAUCAUCUCUAUGCUAUCUACGAGCACAAAAGCAGAUGCACACAGUGGUUUAAAGAAUAGAUUUCAGACAUGCUUUCUUUGUGGGAAGGGUUUCCAAAGCACAGAACAGGGAGAUCUGCGGUUCUGGAAACCUGUCCUCUGCGUCCUGAAACAAGUGGCUUCUCAAUCAGACAGGUGCUGAACCUCAGAGACACUAUGUUAAAAAGAGCCCUUUGCACACUUACACUUUCUGUGGAUCCGUUUCUAAGAUGCAAUCUUAGCGAUCUCAAAGCUAUCUGACCCUACAGUUGACAAUAAACAGGAUCCUUCCUCCUCUAUUCUAUACUGGUAAACUAUGUACAUGAUGGUGCUUUGCAUCUACUACACUGUGUCCUUAUUGAAAGUAUUAGUUUCACAUUCUGGGAUGUUUUUUGAAGCUACAGCCAGCAGACUGUCAGCAUUAGAACUGGAAGCGUUGGGAAAUGAGCUAGUGUGACUAUAGGUAGCUAAAUAUGCCUGCAACCUCACCAAAACGAUUCACUUAACACGUAUUAUCUCCGUUUGAAAAAGACGAAACAAAAACGUUUUACAGUAGGUUAUGUGUUGGACUAUUUAAUGUCCACUUGCAGUAACUUCCUGGAGUUGUAAAAUGUUCAUUACUGAGCUUUCGAGGUGCUGGUGAGUAGAUUCCUGUCUGACAGAGACAAGCUGGCUGUUCCCUCUGUUUCCAGAUUUUAAGCUAAGCUAAGCUAACUGUCUACUGUUUGUAGCUUCAUAUUCUAAAUACAGACACCAGUGCGGUUUUCCCAUAUUUACCAAAAUGUCUAAAUAUUCCUAUAAAGAUAAUUUCCCAGCUAGGGACUCCAGCAACAACGUUUAGGUUUUUAUUUCAUAUUUUGAAUGACAAUCAUGGAUUCUUUUUCUAUGAUAUUACACAAUGUCUUUGUUAUUGUGAGAAAAGGCAUGUUCAAAUCUCACACGGUUGUUUUAUUGGAUAUUAUAGAACCAGAUGUUUUUACAUUUGAACACAGAAGGUUAUUUGAAACUAGAACCAGCCCAGUUUUAUAUUGUCGGUCUUCUGUUAAAUUGUCCACAGCUGCACUGUGCGGAUGAAGUCAAGUUCUCUUCUUUCAACUGAUGAUACUGCCAUUCAUUUUUAUAUUUUUCUGCCAAUCAUACAGUGACUGUCCACUCCUGCUACUUUCUGCUCCGUUUUGUCUGUCUUUGUAUAUCAAAUGUCCGCCUGUGGAUCUCAACUAUGAGUUUUGUUCAACUGCCAGAAUUUCCUCAUUAGUGCUCAGACAAAAUACUUCAGUCCGUUAAAUGACCCGAAUCAUAGCUCCUUUAGUCGAGUGGGGGCCAAUCGACUGCCACUGAAGACAGCCGUGAAAAAACAUCAAUGUGUUUUCAUUAGGACUCUUUGGACGGACAGUAGAGAGCGUCCUGUGAGUCCUUGGUUGGUGUGAAGUGUGUUUCAGUUCCUCCAGGUGAAGAUCGUGAAAAUGCACAGAAGCUACUGUUCGACCACAGCAGCACAUUGGGAAAACAAAACUAUUUUAGUGAACGGAUGUGGCUAAAAGGGAAAAAGGUGAAGACAAAUGACUGGAUCACUAUCACAAUGUUAUGUCUGUAUGUGUGUGCGUGUGUGUGUGUGCUUGUGUGAGAUUUAGUUGUUUUUCAAAAGACAAUUUAAGUUUUUAAAAACCGCUGGACAUGUACCUGCCAGAGAGAUUACAAUUAUUGGGAAAAAAAGAUUAAAAAAAAGCCUCGUCACGAUAUGGGAGAGAACUGCCAACAAGUACUGCUGAUUGGGGCCUAUUUUAUUCAGUGCUGGUGUGUUGUUGUGCUUGUACAUAUAUGUCUUUUCAAUCAUCCCUUUUUUCGUCUCGGGGGUGGGGUAUCAAGGCUGGGGGUGGGUCUUAUUCAUGAAAGACAGGAGCGAAAAGAAUAGAGUAUUUUGUUAUUGUCCAAUCAGAGGGUGACAGUAUGUAUAUAUCUAUAUUGUAUAUAUGUGAUGAAAAUGCGUUGGCUUUUUGUGUGACACUACCUUUUACCUGUACUAUGGUUCUACAUUCAGUGUUUCAGUGUUGAUAAUAUAUAUUUGGUUUGUGUUUUAUUUUUCUGUUUUGUUUGAUUUUGUCUCUGUCAUUUCUUGUAUUUUUUUCUCCUAUUUUUGUUUAUUGCACGGUUUAUUACUUUUGUUGUCCAAUGAGAUGACACAGCUACUCUCUGUAUUUGUUAAGUGCUGUAAAAUAACUCAAGUGUUAUUAGAAUUGUCGAUACCACCGCCCACCCCACCCCCUUCCCCAAUAUGCAUGAAUGGCACUUAAAGAAAUAAAAUAUGGUAACUUCA